AUGAAAUCAAUUCAAAAAAUUAUUUUAAUCAAAAUUUUAAUUAUUUUAUUUGUUUCUUUUAUAAUUUUAAAUAUUUCACAACUCCAUUUAAAUAAUAAAAAUAAAAUUAAUUUAAAUCGUAGAGAAACAAAAUUCUUUAUUAAAGAAGAAACACACAUCCCAUUAAAUAAUAAAAAUGAAGAAAUCAAAGAAAUCAUUUCUAAUACCAACACAAUCAACAUCGGUACUAAUGAUAAUAACAAAAACCAAUUUAUUAAUGAAGAAGAUAGUAUUAGUGACUACAUUGUAGAGCCAAGCGAAAAUGCUAAUAUUAUUACCAUCGAAUCUUCAACAAAUGCUAUUGAAAAUGAAAAUGAAUCUAAACAAGAAGAAACAUCCCAAGUUAUUCCAUCAUUCAAUAAUAUAGAUACCGAAGUUAAUUAUAAUAUAAAGUUUGUUCCAGGUGAAGCCCCAAAAUAUACAAAUAGAGAAAUUGAUUGUUAA